AUGACGGCUGCUGAGAGCCUGAGCUCUACCGCCAUGUCUGUCCGAUCCACGAAGCACGUUUCGACCUUGCCCGAAGACGGCUUGCAAGCGCAAAGAAUGUUCAAGAAGCAUAAAGUGCUACCGCAUCCCAGGAAAAGUGGAAGCGACACGCAAUACUUCGAAGUGCGAUCGACGCCCAGGAAAUACGACCUCGAUGUUGACGCUGUAGCGUCGCAAAUGCGUGGUCCCCAACAACAGAGCCCUCAAACACUGAGGCAUCAACCUAAGCGGAUAGGCAGUGGCCCGGAUUUGCCUCCGACACCGCCUUCUCACUCCCACUCACGAACCUCGUCGAGCAGUCACUCCAUCCAGCCUCCCAGCCCGGCGCCUGCCGAACCCCAUGGGCUGGGACCACAGCCACCAACAACCCCAGCGCGCCCACCCGCUACACCUCCGAACCAGAAAAGUCCACCAACACCGGAUGUGACGCCUCCUCAACCUGCUACUCGCCCCAAGGCUGUGCGACCGAUAACUAUCGACCGCAAAGUGUCGAAAGCUACUACCGCUGAGUCGCGGACAGAAUCCUUUCGAACCGCUAGAGAAGAGCCCUUUUCCUCUGAAGAAGACUUGCAAUCGACCGUUCGGCCAAACAUUCUCUCAGCACGAACCUCUCAGAAUACUGUUCGACGCGUUUCCGGACCUCAGGUGAGGACGCCGCCUCCAGUCGGUCUAGGCCUGGGACUGGAGUCGCCUCCUGAGGAUCUUCCAACGCCCAAAGCUAAGGGAGACUUUGGCACGUUUGACGGAGAAUGGGCCUCAAAUAACGAAGUAGAACAAGAGUGGGAUGACAAUCUGGGCAGAAAUGUUACCGUGAGAAAAAGGCGUCCAAAGCCCGAAACGCCGCCUCGGACUGGAAGACGUAGGGUCGAAAUCAUAGAAGACCGCGUUGUGACGCCGACAAACGCUACCAAGGCGUUGCGCGCGAUGUCCCAACGUGAUAGGGCAGCUUUCUAUGCACCCAGCGAAAUCGCUUGGCGCAACACCUCGACCCCGGGAACGACAGUCGACGCUGACUCUCGCAGACUGUCGGGAAUGUCUGCAAAAUCUGCAAAGUCAACGAAAUCCGCUGCCUCUACGGUUGUCGAGGCAAUCUUGGUAGAAGCUCCCUCAAUCCCACAAAGAAGACAGACACUCAGACACGUACGAAAGCAAUUUGGGUUGAGGGACUCGGGCUCUGAUCCGUCUCCCCUCAGCUCUGCCACAAACUCGGCUAUUCAGCUGGGAGGAAGUCCAAGGAGAACGAGGGCGCUCGCUCGUCCUAGCGAAAGCCGUCAUGACAGUUUUGCCUCGAAUACAACAUUCAACUCGAUUUCGAGUAGUAAGGCACGCAGAGAAGUCUGGAAGAGCGGUGGCAUUCCGGUCAUCGUUGUCCCGGAUCGUCGAUCAUCCAGAUCCAGCAGGGAGCCGUCCCUGAGGUCAACCAGCAGUCGACGGUCCAAAAGAAGUGCCAGUAUCGGGUCAGCGCCUCGUGCAAACGGUCCAAAGAGCCACGACUUGUCUACACCAGUGUUCGAACGGCCAGGGCGAAGAUUCCGCUCAAUGUCCGAGUCGGAUGGGUCUGACCAACGUACGAUUGACUACCCACCCGUCAUCCCGAAGCGUUCUUCGUCUCUAUCCGCUCCGACCAGCCGUAAUACUUCCCGCGCUGGCUCACUCACUGCGGAAAGUUUGAAAUCACAGAACGCUUUGUUGAACCAACAGGUUGGACAUGAAACGAGAGUACCCGCCUUGACCCUCCAAAGGGCCACCUCCUCUGAGACUGAUAACGGCCACCAUCAUCAAGACCAUAAACUCAACGUAGAUCGCCACGGAGAUCCCUUCUUUGGCAAACGCCUAUCAACGCAAAACACUCCCUUUUCAGCAGCCUCAGUAGAAACGAGCGGUACUGCGCCCGAAGUGUCAGAGGCAAAGGCUGUGAAUUUGUAUCCUCAUCAAAACUCAUCGGUUCUUGUCGUCAAUCACUCCAACAAGCCGUCGGAGGACUCUGAGGAUUCUCAGACCGAGAGAGACUUGCCAAAAACGUUUCAGCGGCCUACGAUCAUCACUACGGGGCCAGGCGGCGAAUUUCCAAUCACGCCUCCACAGCAUCAGCAUUCUAUGGACGACGUUGAUUCACCACUUCGCAACCCCCGCGCGGCUCCUCCGGUCCCUCCGGUUAUACCUCCUGUAAUCCAGUUCAUUCCCGCCACGCCUUCGGGGCUGACACCUAAUCAUGAGAGACAACGCAACAUGGGCAACUACUUCGAGGCGAUGGUGGAUGAGCAACCUCAGCGGAGUAGAUCUGUCAUUAAGAGGGCACUGGUCCGACGACGAAAUUCGGAGACGUACCCGCCCAAGAGUGGCAGACCUGGGCUCCUCACCAGGACUUUUUCUCUUACGCGGAGAGGAUCAAGCUCCGGGCCUCGCGGUGAAGACCAUUCUUCUAUGGAGGAUCCAUGCUCGUGCCCGGAUUGUGAGGCCCCGCCGCCCGAGGACGACCGAUUGCAUCCGCACUGGCGCCCUGCGUACUCUGACCGGCAGGAUGAUGUGUGGGAGAGAGAAAUGGAGGACGAACCCAUCAGCCAGGUCUAUCGAUACCCCCCCAUUGACAAUCGCCCGAGUCCCCGAAGACGCAUUAGCGAGCGGAUGAAGAAGACGUUUGCCAUCCUUCCUGUUCGUGGCGAGGAUGAUAUCUACUCCUCAGGGCCUCAGGAUGAACCUGAGCGCCGGACCAUCCGCCGGACAGACAGCGGAAACCUCCGGGUCAUGAGACGCCGUAGCAGCCUCGACUCACUCCGUGAUCAACUGCCGCCCAGUUCUGGGCCUUCAAUGAGGCCAGACGACGACCGCGCCGCAAAUGACCGAGCUGGUCCGAAACGGAGACGGCGCUUUUCGAUUUCGGGCACUCUAGAGGGCUUGCAAAAUAUACCACGACAGUUGAACGAGCGUAAGCGAGAGAAGAGGACGCAGGAGCUGAGGCAGAAAAUCAGCGGGCCGCGCGAAGUGAGAGAUGGCAUGGGUGACGUCCUUCGACGGAACUCGCACCGCGGCCCCCACGAACAAAACAACACAUCUGUCGCCCAUUUUUGA